GACGGAUUUAGGGUUAUCUCGUUUUUCACAGAGUUAAAUACAUUUCUCUCGUUUUUUUGUAUAAUCAGUUUUGUUGUAUUUUAUGCCUGUCACAGCAGUACCCGUCAGUGAUGGCGAAGGUUCCAAACCUCAUAAUAAGAAACGAGUUCGUUUUGCCAGUGAGGUCAAAGCCUCUUCUCGCCUCGUUUCUCAACCUGGUUCUCUUUCUCUUAACCUAUGUGAUCUGCUAACUGCUGCCUCGGUUGGAGACUCGCUUUCUUUAGAUUUUCUCUCAAAUCAUGCCUUCUCAAGGGGGAUGACUGGGCUGAUGCUCGCCUCUCGUGAGGGGAACGAAAGUGCAUGUAAACACUUAAUUUCUUAUGGUUGCCAACUGGACUGUCAGGAUUCAUGUGGCUAUACCGCAUUAAUGUAUGCUUGCCGUGAGGGUCACCUACCGGUGGCUCGUGUCCUUCUCCUCGCUGGUGCAAAUGCUUCCCUUUCUACCCCCUUUGGGUACAAUUCUCUUUUAAUCGCUUCUCUGAACGGGUUUAGUGAUCUUGCUUCGCUCCUCUGUUCUUAUGUUAAUCCAAACGUGACCGAUGUGGACGGGCUUACUCCCCUUUCCUGUGCAUGUAAAAACAACCAUGCGUUAACUGUUUCCGUGCUUCUGGACCACGGAGCCGAUCUCUCGCUCUCUGAUUUGCAGGGUCGUACCCCUGUUAUGUACGCUAUCGAUAACAAUAGUUUCGCAGUACUGGACCAACUUCUACAACGCAACAUUUUCCUGGAAUACCACAAUCCAAAACAAUUAGGCGUUGUAUAUAUCGCCGCUUUGCGUAGCAACCGAUAUCUUACCGAGUUUCUUGUUCGAUCUCCGCUGUACAUCGAAGAAUUUCUUGACGAUUUAACCCGCUUUCCGCAUGCUUCCACCGCGUUUUUCACCGAAUAUGCCGUUUAUGGGGCGAUUCGGCAGCGCUGUUUGGAGCCAGAACUGCUCGCUUCCGUGCUGAUGGAGCGAGCGAAGAGCUCUGCAAUGCUGCUGAUAGAGCAGUAUUUGCGAGGGCGCACCGCGAUGCAUUUAUGGGGUCUUGUUGAGACCUGCGCGUGGUGUUUGCAAGUUUGUAAGAUUGGUUGUGGGGCGGAAGGAGCAGCCGAACUGCAAGAAAUGGAGUUCUUUUGGCGAUUUGUGGAGCGAGUCGUGAGAGCGUGUGCCAAUAGUGUUGUUAGUGAAUUGAAAGUGGAAAGAAAGAAUGAACGUGAGAGCGAUUUAGUUGAUGCUCCGAGCGAUCUUGAUCGCGAAACGGAGAAUGACAUGAAUCAUGAGCCGAAUUGUGUGUGUGAUCAGUCCUGCAAGGCAAAGGGUGAAAUGAAUCAUACCGUUAAGGCAGAGCAAUCCAUUGAUCACCAUUCCAACGUUGUUGAUCGCUCUGUCGAUCCUACCAUCGAACUUCAUCAUGAUUCUGUCGACCAUUCUAUCGAACUUCAUCAUGAUUCUGUCGAUCAUUCCAUCGAACUCGAUGAUUCUGUCGAUCAUUCCAUCGAACUCGAUGAUUCUGUCGACCUUCAUCAUGAUUUCUAUCCUGCCUCUCAUUCGAAAGUGUGCACCAACGCCAGCCUGGUGCCUUCUUCACUCCUGCAAGUGAAGCUACUGUUCUUCUUUCUCGAGCUCUACUGUCUCGGACUGUCCGUGCUGCGUGCUAGCUUUGCUAAAAGACGAACGACCUAUCACCCGUCGUCUCGUUUACUGACGUUUUUUAGUGCUAACAAGCUGUUUCUUAGGUGGGGACGGAGAGGCUUUGUGACGUGUAGGAUACUUGUAGCAAAAUAUUCUUCGAUUUCGAAGCAAAUGGUGUACUUUGCGAACACAUUCACCAAGGUAUUUUUAUGUUCUUCUUCUUCUUCUUCUGUUGAUUCUUGUUAUGCGCUCUAA